CGACUGUCGACCGGACCCAUUGCUGCCAUCGGCCGUUAUGGAGCUCGCACGGGUUAGCUGACAGUCUAACCUAGACUCAAUACAGCCGUAGUCUGGUGUGACAAACGCUCAUCUGAUGCAGCUCCGUGAACUGCGGCAGGGAUUUCCCCUGGUUUCUAACCCCGCAUCGCAGUUUUCGGAAUCUUCUGUUCCCCUGAUCAGUACAGACCAUGGCUAUCAACAGUGAUGCCUCGCCGUCCCAGGACGAAUUCCCCCCGCGAGGGGAUCUGCGGGAGAUGAUGGACCAGAAACCGCUACCUAUGCUUACCCCUGGCCUGGUCGAUCCAGCGACGAUGGCUGGUGAUGCGCCAGCCGAGCAGGCACAAUUGGUGUUGAACACUGUGAAUGCUGCUCUCGCGGCAGAUGAUAAUGAGUUACUGGCCAGUUGUUUCUUCGCAAGCCAGGCCUACUGGAAAGAUCAUCUUGCGUUGACCUACCAUUUGCGCACAUUUGAAAGCCCGAGCGUUAUUUCAGAGAGUCUGCUAGAGACGAAGACUUUGAGAGCCUUAAAGGGGGAGAUUAUGGUGGAUGGAGCAGCAAUCUUUCUUCCCGCAACGCCGGUUCUGCAAUUUAUUGACUGCCCACUGACCUUCCGCACCGAGUCACCCGCUGCUACUUGUAAAGGAAAAAUGCUUCUCCUGCCCACUCGGGCUGAGCCUCAUGAUGAGGGAAGCGCCAUCCAGUGGAAGAUUUGGAUUCUAAGUACCAGACUUGCGAGCCUUGAUGUGCAAGAAGAAGACGAGACUCUUCUCCGGUUACCCGCCAGAGAAUUGAGUGACCUGCAUAAUUUCGAGACAGAUGUGUUUAUCGUCGGAGGUGGAAAUGCGGCCAUCGCGCUCUCCGCACGUCUCAAAGCACUCGGAGUUGACAGCGUCAUGGCCGAAAAGAACCCAUGUCCCGGCGAUAAUUGGGCGCUCCGAUAUGACUGCAUGAAGUUCCAUAUUCCGACUUCAUUCUGUGAGCUGCCGUUCAUGUCAUAUGACAAGGCGCUACAGUCACCUCACCUUCUUACAAGGAAUGAGCUUGCGGCACAGGUUCGACGCUAUGUGGAGACGUUUAAUCUCAACAUGGUCAACUCGGCGGAAAUCCAGUCGACACAAUAUGAUCCAUCGCAAGGAAAAUGGGACAUCAGAUUCCAAACCCCUACUGGUCUAUAUAAGGCCGUGUCGAAACAGCUCGUACUUGCAACUGGCAUCGGCUCGCAGAAACCAAACAUUCCAAACAUAGGAGAGCGAGAUCUAUACCGGGGUAUUAGCUUGCAUUCCGCACAAUACAAGAACGCUCAAGAGCUGAAGGAGAAAGGUGUCAAAUCUGUGUUGAUCAUCGGUUCGGCGAAUACAGCAUUUGACGUCCUCGAGGACUGCCACGCCGCAGGACUCCAGUCCACUAUGGUGGUCCGUUCGCCGACAUAUUGUGUACCCGUGGAUUAUUGCUGCCACCCAAUGAGCCUUGGUGCAUACGACGGUGGUGUUGAACUCGCCGAUAAUCUGUUCAUGACCCUGCCCGCUCAUGUAGAUGCCCAGCUAGCGCGUGGUCUCUUUGCGGCCUUUGCGUCAAAGGAACCAGAGCGCUAUGCGGCUCUGAAGGCUGCUGGCUUCCCCGUCCUCGAUAGCAGUGACCCAACACAAGCUCUGAUGCAUAAUUUACUUGAGCGGGCUGGCGGCCACUAUGUUGAUGUGGGUGGUACCAAGCUAAUCGAAGAAGGCAAGGUCAGCGUCAAGGCUGGAGUCUCACCCGUCAAGUUUACCACCUCUGGACUAUGCUUCUCUGACGGCACUACCAUUGAUGCAGAUGCAGUCAUCUGGUGCACUGGUUUUGCUGACUCCAAUGUGCGCGAGACUGCCUUUAAUAUCCUAGGCGGUGAUUCGAUAAAGAAUAAUGGCGUUAACGGGGAGAUACACGGAGUACUUGAUCCUCAUGCCAUUGCAGACCGGUUAGAAGGAACAUGGGGGCUUGAUGUAGAGGGGGAGAUUCGUGGUAUGUGGAAGCGCCAUCAGAAGAUUGACAACUUCUGGGUUAUGGGUGGCUAUACCCAACAGCACCGAUGGCACUCGCGUACACUGGCCCUUCAAAUCAAGGCGGCUCUAGCUGGUAUUUUACCUCCAGCUUACCGGGAUACGCCACAGCCACAGGCGGCCUAGAAAAUACCAGUUAGCAGUUGUCUUCAAGGUCAGAUAUCUAUAGUAGCUCUAGACUAGCUCUGUUAUCUGCGGGGGACUGGUCACGGAACGCAAAAUUUGUGACCAAUCGAGGUUCAAAUCUGAGAUACAUCUCUGAAAUCGAUAGAUCGUUUUCAUUGGCCAAGGCGGCUUGAAAAUUGCAGUACACAUUCAUUCUUUGGCACAAGUGUUUCUGUUGGUCAAUGAUUGAAGAAUGGAUGACCGGCG